AUGCACCUGUUUCCUGACACGAAGGCAGUUCUAUUUGAUGGCUAUGUCUUGGUGUUUUUGCUCGGCUCCAUGCCACCAAAGCCGUGGCCGCUCACCAUUGCCGGUAUCCAGCCAUAUUUCACAACUGACCCGGAUGACGAUGGCCCACUGCCGUCAAUGAAACGUAUGAACAAAUUACGUCUUUUCGUAGACGCUGAAAUCGACGUCACUCACCUUCCACCCUCUGAAGUUGGCGAUGCAUUCGAGCUCGUCUUCGGUUUCUUUGCUAAAUCUCAGAUCUCCAUCGCGCAAGUUCAGUACUACGGCAAUUUCUUCAUCAUUGUGUUGGAGAAUGAGUACACGGAUCUUACUACAGUUCCCCGCUCGAUAGGCUGCUGCAACUGUUAUUAUCUGUUCGAGAACGAGGUAGGAUUCCCACAACUAGCAGAAUCUCCGGCGCGCGGGAUUACUGGACCGACUCACGUUACAUAUAUUGUCGAUAAUAGCGAGUAUGGUGUUUUACGUCCGGGUGUUAUGCUAAGCUCCGCGACCGACCACGAAUAUCUCACAGCCGGCGUACUUGCUGAAGACUCCAACUCCGGCGAGCGAUACAUGACUGUUGCCUCUCAUGGGUUUCCGAGUGGAAGAGUUUUCCAUCCGUGCGCCAGUGGUAAAGAGACCGGUCAAGUCGCGGAGAUCAGAGAUAUAGACCUCGCGCUUGUGAAAUUACAUAACGAUGUCCAGUUUGCUAACGAGACUGAGAGUCCUGUCGGAAGAGGUCCUACCCAGUUACAAGAUUUCGUCUCUAUCGACGACUUAAAGAUCAGUGCUAAUGUGUAUAUGAACAGCCCAUUUACUGGCUACUCUGAAGGUACCUGUGGGCCUCAUGGUCGGCUGCGAGUUCCUAGUAAUGACCCUAGCCAACACAAAUGGGUCAAAACUCGCUGGUGUUACAUGGGUCAGGGAUUCGCUGAAACCCUCCAAGAUGGUGUUUGUGGAUCUGCCAUCUGGAAUGAUGGUGGAAAUGCCAUUGGAUUUUUCCGUUAUGCAGCGAGGUCGGGCCAAUUCCGAGACUGGUCUCUCUGCAUCGGAGCUGACUAUCUCAUUGAACACGGUUUUAAGAUUGCUAACUUUUAG